AUGCCCCGGCCUCGCCUCAGGAGCCCUCCCCCGGCGCGCCCCGUGAACCCGCCACCAAAGAUCCCGCCGCCGCCCCCGCCGCCGUUGGACCUGAGCGACCACCUGCUCUUGGCCGCGGACGGCUCGGUCUAUCUCCUGGCCGAAGCGCCGCACGCGGGGGGCCCCGAGCUCCCCUUACCAAAGGGCUCCCCCGGGGCCGGGGCCUCAGGGGCGGGCGGUGGGCCCGGCCCACCCCCCGCCCCACCCCCCGCCCCCCUCACCGCCCUCCACAUCCAACCCGGCUGUGACCCACUCCAAGGCUUUAGCUCUUCUGACCAAAUUCAGUCCCACAAUACCUCAGCUCCACCGCCGGCCGCCCGCGGCGGGGCGGGGGGGGCCCUCCGGAGCUACCGGCCGGCCGCCCGCCCCCCCAGCGAUCCCAAAGAUGGCCCCGGCGGCGGGGGCGGCCGAGCGGGCCGGGGGGCGCCCUUCUGGCUCUGCCUGCCGUGCCGCCUGGGGUUCGGCCGGGCCGGGGCCUUCGCGGCUCACGCCCGGUCCCACGGGAGCCCGCCGACCCCGCCCCAGCGCCGCGGCCUGGCCCGCCACCCGGCCGUGCUGCACCGGGGGCCCGAGGGGGAGCCCGCCACGCUCCUCAGCUUUCUGGAACCAAAAACCCCCCCGGGACCCCCGCCCCCGGGGCCCCUCGGUCCCGGGGCGGAGGCGGCGAAUGAGGAGGAGGAGGAAGGGGAGGAGGAGGAAGGAGAGGAGGAGGAGGAGGAAGAGGAGGAGGAAGAGGCGGCGGUCCCCGCCCCGGCCCCGGACGCCUGGGACCCCAGCGCCGCCCAAGCCAAAGAAUGUCCAGCGGCAGCUGGCGAGGCGGGGCCGGACUGGCUCCCGGGGGUGCCCGAGGAAGACGGGGGUCCGCGCCCCCCGCGCAACCAAAGCUCCCCCACCCCCCCGGCCCGGCCCGGCUCCCCCGACGCCCCGGGCCGGCCCCUCCGCCCCGCCGCCGACGGCCCCGCGGGCCCGGCCUUCCCGGGCCUCGGCCCGGCCGGCCACGUGUCCCUGCUGCACUCGCGCAACUCCUGCAAGACGCUCAAGUGCCCCAAGUGCAACUGGCACUACAAGUACCAGCAGACGCUGGACGUCCACAUGCGGGAGAAGCACCCGGAGAGCAACAGCCACUGCGGCUACUGCAGCGCCGGGGGCGCCCACCCCCGCCUGGCCCGCGGCGAGAGCUACAACUGCGGCUACAAGCCCUACCGCUGCGAGGCCUGCAACUACUCCACCACCACCAAGGGCAACCUCAGCAUCCACAUGCAGUCCGACAAGCACCUGGCCAACCUGCAGGGCUUCCAGGCGGGGCCGGGGGGCCGGGGCAGCCCCCCCGAGGCCGGGGCCGGCCCGGGCGACCCGGACCCCAAGGCCAAGUCGUCCUGGCAGUGCAAGGUCUGCAGCUACGAGACCAACGUCUCGCGGAACCUGCGCAUCCACAUGACCUCGGAGAAGCACGUGCAGAACGUGCUGCUGCUGCACCAGGGGCUGCCCCUGGGCCUGCCCCCCGGCCUGCUGGGGCCCGGGCCGCCCCCCGCGCCCCCGGCCCCCUCCGACCUGUUCCAGUACUACGGCCCGCAGGGGCUGGGCCCGGCCCCGCCCGGCCCGCCCGGCUCGGGCCUGAGGCCCGAGAAGCCCCUGGAGGCCCAGCUGCUGCUCAACGGCUUCCACCCGCCGGGACCGUCGGCCCACAGGAUCCCCGCCCCGGCCCCGGACGGCGUCUCCCCGGACCCCCGCCCGCCGGCCGGCCGGCCUCCGGGGCCCGGCCCGGACGGGCCGCCCGCCUCGCCCCCGCCGGACGCCGACCGCUCGCUCAAGGCCUUCCGCUGCCUGGUGUGCCAGGCCUUCGGCACCGACAGCCUGGAGCUGCUGCUGUACCACUGCAGCGUGGGCCGCAGCCUGCCCGAGGCCGAGUGGAAGGAGGUGGCCGGGGACACCCACCGCUGUAAGCUCUGCUGCUACGGCACCCAGCUCAAGGCCAACUUCCAGCUCCACCUCAAGACCGACAAGCACGCCCAGAAGUACCAGCUGGUGGCCCACCUGCGGGAAGGGGGCGGGGGGGCCCCGUCGCCCGCCCCGCCCGGGGAGGGCCCCCCGUUCGGGCCCGUCUCUCCCCUGCACCUACGCUGCAACCUCUGCGAUUUCGAGGCCAACAGCAAGGAGAAGAUGCAGCUGCACGCCCGUGGCGGGGCCCACGAGGAGAACAGCCAGCUGUACCAGUUUCUGCUGGAGAUGGAAGAGGCCGAGGCCGGGGCCGAUCUGGGCCUCUACCGCUGCCUGCUGUGUACCUGGGAGACCCCCUCACGCCUAGCCCUGCUGCAGCACCUGCGGACCCCCACCCACCGCGACGCCCACGCCCAGCGGCGGCUGCAGCUGCUGCAGAGCGGCCGGGGGGUCGAGGAGGGGCUCCCCGCCCUGCACGGCUUUCUCCGCUUCGGCCAGAGCCCGCCCAAGCCCCUCGGGAAAGCCGCGGUCCCGGUGGAGUCCCGCACCCCGGAGGAGGCUUCGUCCCGGGCUCCCGAGCAGGCGGAGACCAGGACCGGCAGCUCGGGGGACCCCGCCGUCCAGACCACGGUGUACUGCUGUCCGUACUGCAGCUUCGUGAGCCCCGCGUGCGAACAGGUGCGGGCCCACACCGUGUCCCAGCACGCCGUGCGGCCCAAGUACCGCUGCCCUCUGUGCCAGGAGCAGCUGGUGGGCCGCCCCGGCCUACACUUCCACCUGAGCCACCUGCACAACGUGGUGCCCGAGUGUGUGGAGAAGCUGCUGCUGGUGGCCGUCACCGUGGAAACCCCCUUCCUGACCAAAGUGCUGCCUGGGCCCAGCCCGAGCCCCCCUGGGGACGCCCAGGAGCCUCCCACUCCUGAGCCCGAAUCGGCACCCGCUGGGGACCCGGCAGGGGAAGGCCCCCACCCGACCCCGGCCGCCAGCCCGGCCCCUCCCCCGUCCCCGCGGCUCCCCCCGCCCGAGGUCCCCGAGCAGCCCCCGGGCGGCCCCAAGCCCCCCUCCCCGGCCCCCUCGCCGCCCGCCCGCCCGGAGGCCCAGCCCACGGAGGGACCCGUCCCCGCCGCGGGGGACGAGGAAGGGGAGCAGGAGGAGGAGGAGGAGGACGGGGCGGGCACGGCCUCGGGGGACCCGGACCCGGGUGCGGGCGAGCCCGCCCCGGCCGAUGCCCGGCCCCCGCCGCCCUACCGCAAGACCAGCAACCUGGCGCUGGACAAGUUCCUGGACCCGGCCCGGCCCUACAAGUGCACCGUGUGCAAGGAGUCCUUCACCCAGAAGAACAUCCUCCUGGUGCACUACAACUCCGUCUCCCACCUGCACAAGAUGAAGAAGGCGGCGGCCGACCCCUCGGCGCCCGCCCGGGGGGAGCCCGGGGCCCCCCACGCGGCGGCCGUCGCCGCGCCCGCCCCCGCCGCGGCGGCCGACAAGCCCUUCAAGUGCGCCGUGUGCCGCGUCUCCUACAACCAGAGCUCCACGCUGGAGAUCCACAUGCGGUCGGUCCUGCACCAGACCCGCUCCCGCGGGCCCCGGCCCGAUCCCCGGCCCGACGGCCCCGAGGAGCCCAGGGAGGCCGAGCCCGGGCCCGAGAGGCGGGGGCCCGAGGCGGCGGGGGGCGGCCUCGCCCCGGGGCUCCCGUUCCUGCCGCCGCCGCCGCCCGCCCUGGACCUGCCCCGUUUCCCGGCCCCCCUCUUCGCCCCGCCGGUGCUGCCCCCCUUCCCCCUGGUGCCCGACUCCCUGCUUCAGCUCCAGCAGCAGCAGCAGUUGCUCCUGCCCUUCUACCUGCCCGACCUCCAGGUAGGGCCCAAGCUGGCCUUGGCCGGGCCCACCCCGGUCAUCUCCCUGCCCCCCGCCGCCCCCGCGCCCCCGCCCCCGCGGGCGGGGGCGGACGGAGAGGGGACCCCGCCGGCGGCGGCCGAGGAGGGGGCCGAGGCGGGGCCGGCCUCCCCGCCCCGCCCGCCGCCGCCCAGCGAGGCGGCCCGCACCGCCGCCAGGGCCCUGCUGGAGAACUUCGGCUUCGAGCUGGUCAUCCAGUACAACGAGGGCAAGCAGCCGGCGGCCGCCCCGCCCCCCGCGCCGCCUCCGCCCGAGGCCCGGGGCCCCGGGGCCAAGCUGGCCUGCGGGACCUGCGGGAAGCUCUUCUCCAACAUGCUGAUCCUCAAGACGCACGAGGAGCACGUGCACCGCCGCUUCCUGCCCUUCGAGGCCCUGAGCCGCUACGCCGCGCAGUUCCGCAAGAGCUACGACAGCCUGUACCCGCCCCCGGCCGAGGCCCCCCGGCCCCCCGACGGGAGCCGGGACCCGCCCGGCCCGGAGCCCGACGGGGCCGAGGAGCGGGGCCGCCGCCGGCCCCGGGAGGAGGGCGGGGAGGAGGAGGCCGGCGGCGGCAGGGCCGGGGGGCCGCCCCCGGGGCCCGGCCCCGGGGGCCGCCGCUUCUCCCGCACCAAGUUCACCGAGUUCCAGUCCCAGGCGCUGCAGUCCUUCUUCGAGACGAGCGCCUACCCCAAGGACGGAGAGGUGGAGCGGCUGGCGGGGCUGCUGGGCCUGGCCAGCCGCGUGGUGGUCGUGUGGUUCCAGAACGCCCGCCAGAAGGCCCGCAAGAGCGCGGGCGAGGGGGCGGCGGCGGGCGGGGGCGGCGGGGGGCCCUCGGCCUGCAGGCGCUGCCGCUCCGCCUUCCCCUGCGUCUUCGAGCUGGUGCGGCACCUGAAGAGGUGCUACGACCACCGGCCCCCGGAGGAGGAGGAGGAGGAGGGAGAAGAAGGGGAGGAGGAGGGAGAGGACGCGGCGGCGGCGGGCGCGGCGCCGGCGGAGGAGGAGGACGGGGAGGACGAGGAGACGGAGGGGGAGGGAGACCUCGCCGACGGGGAGCGGGCCCCCCGGCCCUCGGCGGCCGAGGUCCCCGCGCCGGGGGGCGGGGAGCCGGAGGGGCCGGCGGCGCCCCCGGCCGCCCCCGUCCACGCCCGUGACCGGUGCGCGGCCGCCUUCCCCGGCCGGGACCUCGCGAGCGGCCGCCGCGGCCCCCACCUGCCGCCGCCCCCCGCCCCGCCCGCGGCCCCCGCCCACCCGCCGGACCCUCCCCCGCUGGCGUUCGGGGAGCGGGGUCCCCCGGCGGCCGGGCCCCCGCCGAAGCGGCGGCACGAGGACGGCAGCCCGUCGCCCACGGGCAGCGAGGCGGGCGGGGCGGGCGAGGGCGAGCCGCCCCGGGACAAGCGCCUCCGCACCACCAUCUUGCCCGAGCAGCUGGAGAUCCUGUGCCGGUGGUACAUGCAGGACUCCAACCCCACCCGCAAGAUGCUGGACUGCAUCUCCGAGGAGGUGGGCCUCAAGAAGCGGGUGGUGCAGGUCUGGUUCCAGAACACCCGGGCCCGGGAGCGCAAGGGCCAGUUCCGGGGCGCCCCGCCCAGCCCCGCGGGCAAGCCCCCCGCCGGGCCGCCGGCCCCCUUCGCCAAGCUCGCCCUCCCGCCGGGCCGGGCGGAGGAAGGGCGCGAGGCCCCCAGGCGGGAGCCGCCCUCCACCCCGCCGCCCGGCCUCCCGCCCUGCCCGCCGCCCGGGAGAGAGGCCGCCGCCGCCGCCCCGCCGGAGGCCCCCCCGCCGCCGCCGCGGCCCCCCGGAGAGGAGGGGCCCGAGGAGCCCCCCAGGGCCUCCCCCCUGAGCGAGGCCGGCAGCCCGGCGGCCUCCGGCGGGGACCUGAGCGACUCCUCGGCCUCCAGCCCGGCCGAGGCCGGGUCCCCCGGGGGCGGGGGCGGGCCGGGGGGCGGGCCCGGGGCGCCGGACGGGCCGGGGCAGCGGCGCUACCGGACGCAGAUGAGCAGCCUGCAGCUGAAGAUCAUGAAGGCGUGCUACGAGGCCUACCGCACCCCGACCAUGCAGGAGUGCGAGGUCCUCGGCGAGGAGAUCGGCCUGCCCAAGAGGGUCAUCCAGGUCUGGUUCCAGAACGCCCGGGCCAAGGAGAAGAAGGCCAAGCUGCAGGCCGGGGCGGCGGGCGAGGGCCCCCCGCCGGGCGGCGGAGCCGCCCCCCGCACCGACUGCCCCUACUGCGACGUCAAGUACGACUUCUACGUCUCCUGCCGCGGCCACCUGUUCUCCCGCCAGCACCUGGCCAGGCUCAAGGAGGCCGUCCGGGCCCAGCUCAAGAGCGAGAGCAAGUGCUACGACCUGGCCCCGGCCCCCGAGGCGGCCCCCGCCGCCCCGCCGCCCCUGGGGGCCGCCGCGCUGCCCCCCCGCCUGGCCCCCGUGCUCCUGUCGGGCCCCGCCCUGGCCCAGCCCCCGCUCGGCGGCCUGGCCCCCUUCAAUCCGGGGCCCGCGGCCUCCCCGGGCCUCAUCGGCCUGGCCGCGUCGGUCCUGCCGGCCACCGCCGUGGUCCAGCCGGCCUCCGCCCGCCCCGGGCCUCCGAGACCCGCGCCGGACCAGGCCGCCGCCCACUCGGCGGGGCCCGACGGGGCCGCCUCCGCCGCCGCCGCCGCCGCCGCGGGGCCCCCGGCCGAAGCCCCGGGGGACCGGGCCCCCGGCGGGCCCGACGCCCCCGGCGCCGUCCCCGCCGCCUCCGCCGACGCCCUCAAGAACCUCAAGGCGCUGAAGGCCACGGUGCCCGCCCUGCUGGGGGGCCAGUUCCUGCCCUUCCCCCUGCCCGCGGCGGGCGGCGCGGCGGCCCCCGCCGUCUUCGGCCCGCAGCUCCCGGGCGCCUACUUCCAGCAGCUGUACGGCAUGAAGAAGGGGCUGUUCCCCAUGAACCCGGUGAUACCUCAGACCCUCAUCGGGCUGCUCCCCAACGCCCUGCUCCCACCGCCCGAGCCCCCGGCCGCCGCCCCGCAGCAGCCCCCCGGGCUGCCCGCCCCGGCCCAGGGGGACGCGGGCGAGGCCGACGAGCUGCUGGCCGGGGCCGCCGGCAUCUCCACCGUGGACGUGACCCACCGCUACCUUUGCCGCCAGUGCAAGAUGGCGUUCGAGGGGGAGGCGCCCGCCGCCACCCACCAGAGGUCCUUCUGCUUCUUCGGGCGCGGCCCGGGGGCCGCCGCCGCGCCCCCUCCGCUGCGGGUGCCCGUCUGCACCUACCACUGCCUGGCGUGCGAGGUGUUGCUGAGCGGGCGCGAGGCCCUGGCGGCCCACCUGCGCUCCUCCGCCCACCGGCGCAAGGCCGGGCCCGCCGGGCCCACGCCCGCCACCCCCCCGGGGCCCACGCCUCCCCCCGGCACCGCCGCGGCUUUUGCCAAAGAGGAAGCGAGAUUACCUCACACGGACUCAAACCCAAAAACUACUUCUACCUCUACACUCGUAGCUUUAUAACCAGAGAAACCAAGACGGGGGAGAGGGGGGACGCCCUGGGCCGCCCCCUCUCCCCGCCCACC